CCAGGAGUCACUGUAGAGCAUGUGAGGCAGCUGCUACAGAAACUACAUUGAGUAUUUCUUUUCAAUAAAUGUAAAACGCAAAUUUUGCACACCAGCAUAUUGUAAAACUGUAAUUUUCUAUACAGUAUCAGUUUUGUCCCUCAACCAUGUGCAGUAGAGUUGUGUAUGCUGGCUUUCGUUCCAGCAAGCAGCAGUAGGCUUGUGGUCACAGGCCAAGUGUGUAAAUCUGUGGCCAGUGGUCAGCUGCUGUUGGGAAUAAAACCGGACAACAUGACUGGAGACUGCAAUUCAAGUUCUUGGCAUAUCUCAGCCAACUGAAACAAUCUUCCUCUGCAUUCAUUUUUAUCACAAUCCCAAAUGUGACUUUUACCAAAUAUGAAGUCUUGUAGAAUGCCGACGGAACAGCCUUGCUUGAGCAAGCACAGUCCUCGUGCUACAUCCAGCAAGAAUGCUAAAGAUAAGAGCAACAGUACGACUCUACUGGCAAUACGUAAUACUAAAGACACAGACGACUCCAGUGGAAGGGCCUCCCGCUGCAGUUCAGAAAAAGACUCUGGCUACUCUGACGGUUCAGACUGGCAGCAGACAGACGUGGAGGACCAGCGGAGCAGCAAAAUCCAGUACAGAUGUAGCGAGCGUGAAGAAACGUCACAGCCAGGUCAAAACCAAGAACAUGGGCAAGGGAACCCUGGGAGUCCUACCCUGAUGCCUGCAGGCCGUGCACCCAUCUACAUAAUCAAGAACAUGGUGCUUAAGCAGCCGGACAUAAUCCAGAAAAGCGGUCAGCUGGACCGGAAAAAUGGAAGCAGGGAGACUGGUGCUGCCCAUAUGAUCCUUUUACAGCAGCCUAGCUUGAUGCCGGCCACCCUCCAGCUCCACAAGCCCUUGUCCCGGAAGUCCAGCACCACAGGAAAGAAAAUAAAAGGUAAUUACCUACCCAUUCUCAACUCCUACCCCCGCAUUGCGCCACAGCCCAGCAAGAAGCCGCCUGAUAAAUCCUCAUCGAACGAUGAAUCCCAGAAUCUGAGCAAGCGAGUGUGCACAGAACACAAGAGUGAUGACACACCUGUGACAAGGAGUCUACCUGAGCAACACUUUUAUAAGCAACCCAAAGUAGCUGUCUUAACCUCUGGUCUGCCAUGUUCCUCUUCAACCAGAGAUAGUCUAUACUCCUCCAGUCCCACUACUGUCUCCUCGAGCCAGGGCUCCACAUCUGGAUCCAGUCUGUACAGCACCUCUUCCUUCCUCGCAACAAGAGGACUUCGCAGAAACGGCACCACCAGUACUCGGCACCGCCGUUUCCUCAACACAGUAGAAAUCCUCAGACAGUCAGGUCUGUUGGACAUUACACUGCGCACAAAGGAGCUGCUGCACCAGAGCAACGCCACGGAGCAGGAUAUUGCCCAACUCCGCCAGCACACAGAGCUACUGUGCCAGGCUGCCAGCAACCCCAGCUGCAGCCUGAACAGUAUCACAGCCUGGGAGCAUCUACACCAAGCCAUGGCCGAGUCUGGCAGCUACCCCGACCUUAAAAUCCUGAAAAAUGUACCAAUGCCAUGUCAUCCAGAUUCUGCCAGUCAACCAGAGAGUAUUUCCACAGGUGAUGCCAAUGGCCCACUAGCUGCUGAGAACUCAGAGGUGCCACCGCCUCGCCUUCUCACUACUGUACCGCACCCAAAUCAGAACUGUCCUGUGCCACCGCAGUCUCACUCAGGACAAGGCAGGGAGCUUGAGGCCGGUUCUAAAUCCUCAGAGAAAGUCACCUUUAUGCCUCCUGACAGUUCUACCGGUUAGCACAAUCUGCAGUGUCUUUAAAGGGAGAGCGAGUACUCAGGGCCAUCUAGUGGAGAACCAGUAGUUUUUUUUGGAUAUUAUGUGUGGUUUUCAUGGUGUGUCCCUAGUUAUUUAAACCUAGUUUUAUAGGGAUUGCACAGAAUAUCUCUGCAGGUCAGUGGAAAUCCAACGAUGACUCGAGUUCAGUACUUAUUAUGAUGAAUAAAUCCAUCUCCUGGUAGAUAAAUGUUGAGAAAAUGGUUUCUUAUAACCUGCUUUAAUAUACGAUAUUAGAAAGACAAAUAAAUCUGAUCUGAUCUGAAGCUAAAGGCUCCCAGAAAAAUGGCAUUUUAAGGAAACCGGUAGCACUCUGGUAGCACAACUGGUCACUCAGUGUUGCAGAGAAAAACCUCUGUGUAACAUCACAAAGUGCACUACACUGGACCGCUGCUAGGAUUUAUAUACAAAUGCCUUAAAAACUCUUUGACCUGGUAUUUUUUGCAUUACCAGGGCACAUCAUCAUCACAGAUUAACAUACUCAUUUAGUUCACUGAAGUCUUUGUUCAUUUUACAAAUGCAGCACACUUCUUAUGAUAAUGGAAGCAAUUCAACCACAGACUCUCUAAGAUAAUCAGUUAUACAGUUUCCUCUCAUGCAGCAGCUUUGUUGUCCGUUCUCACUUUGAUGAUAUUCUCUUUUUUUGCACCAAUUGUUGGUGUUGUGUGGUCAUCUGUUUUAGUCAUAGAUGGAGAACAGUUUGCAUUGUGAGUAUGAGAGAGUUUGACAGUGUUUAAGUAUAAAAGUAUGUUGACUAAGUGGUUAUAUGCAUGUGGUAUGUGUAUGAUUUUUCUUCCAUUUCUUUGUGCUUGUGCAUAUGACGGACAGCACUGCCAGCAAUGCACACAUUUCUGAAAUUUAAAGUGCUUUAUACAGUGUAUUUUUCAGAAUUUUAAGGUAUUUAAAUAAAGCGAUACAUGAAGAAUAGA